GACUACUUUUUAUGUUUCAGUUUUGUUUACAUAUGGCCGCUAAACAGUGUCAAAUCGAAUACAAAUAACCUACCAAUCUAACAAUUUUGCAAUGGCAUCUCAGUCCAAAAUAAAUGCUUAUAUGGAAAGACACAAAAUAAGUGCUCUGUUUGAGGAUUUAAUGAACAAAGUUCUUAGAGAUCUGCCAGAAGAGCCCAUGAUUUACAUUCUGCGAGCUAUCUACAAACAAGCAGGAAUAGAAAUACCACAGGGAAUUCGUUAUGGGGGACUUCGUAAACGGACUUUAGAAUUGAAUCCAUCAGCUAGCCCUGAGAGACAGUUCAGAAGUACAUUAGUGGCUACCAGUUCUGAUCAAGAAGUAACAAGAGACUAUGAGAGACCCUGGGCCACCUCUCCGACAAGAAGAACUAAACCAAAACAUUCUGAAGAGCCAACAAUGUCUAAGAAAAGACCAGAUUGGAAUUCAGAUAAGACCAAAAGCUGUUUGACAUUCGAUGAAUUGUGGGAAAACAAACAAGAAAAGGCACAGUUCCCAGCAGCUAGAAAAUCAACUAAUCAAAAGUCAGUAUUGGACACUGUUAGCCAUGGAGUUAAAUCGCUGAAUGCAUGGGCUUCAGUGGGCUUGGACGAACAAGAAAGCUACACAAGUCCCAGUCAGUCUGGAGUGAUACUACCUCAUCCUUCUACUACAUCAGAUAAAGAUUUGUUACUGUCAGAGACUGUGCCAUUGUCCAUAAGAAGUGAACUGGUCACACCUACUCAGACUGUUAACAGUGGCUCCAGGCUCAACUCAAACAGAAAGAAGCACAAAGAAGAAUACAGUCAGUUGUUAGCUGCAGCAGUGGAUUACAAAUCUGAGGACUCUGGGUCUGAGGUCACUCUACAAGAGGAAGAAGCCAUUGAACUAUUAGAGAAUGCUGAUGAUCUGAAAAAUGAGGGAGUAAGAAAUAUUCCAACUUCUGGCUUGAAGCUUAGUCAGAAUCUCCGCUAUCGAGACAAUGAGCCAAGAGUAAAACUUAAUAUCAAUGUCCAGCCAAUGUCUCAUGAAUAUAACAGCUUUGACCAAGAAAUUGUGAAUGAACUUGAUACUGAGCGGUCCUCAACAGACUUGAAAGAUUCUGAAGAAGAGGAAGAAGAGUUUGAGAGUGUUUCCCAAGUGACUGGACCUAGGCAUCCAGUUUGGAAAAUUCCAGACAGUGAUAUUGAAUCUAAGAGAAUGAAAUCUUCCCGUUUCAAAGAUGUUUCUAAGAAAAACUCACGUGACAGACUCUCUGGUGUAACUCAAAAGAGUGUGAAGAACUCUUUAGAAGGACAAGUUACAUUUGGUGUAACAAACACAGCAGCAGCAAGUCCAAGUUCUUUCUAUUCAGACAGCUCUAAAGGUUGGAUGAUACCAGAUGAUACAGACAGUCUCUAUGACUGGAAUCAAGGUGUGAGACCAGCCCAGGAUCCGAGAGCCUACUGAUGAUAUCCAAGUUUUUACAAGAUGCUCCUAAUAGCUAGACCUAAGUUUUUUCAAGAUGCUCCUAAUAGCUAGACCUAAGUUUUUCUACUGGACCAUGUGCUGUUUUGUUUUUUUUUUGUUGACAAGACCAAUGCUACUAGUAGAAUAGACAACAAGAAUUUGGAAACAUUUUAUAUAAUAUACUGUAUUUAUUGACAGGAUUCUAAACUAUACAUUUUAUACAGUUUUUUAGAUCCAUUACUCUUAGAUUUUUUUUCAGUUGCCAGUGUUUCUGUGAAAAAUGAACUUUAUGUCACUGUAAUUUUUAUAUGUAAGAUUUCAUAAUUAUUAGACUAGUUUAGGAUUCUAUUUUAAAAUACCUAUUUCUAUACAAUAAAUAUUAGGCCAAGUGUC